UUGUUUCAGUUCUAAAGACUGCUAACUUUGCUCUAAAGAAAAAACGAAGGUUAUCAAUGGAAGCUUUCUUGUUUCGUUGACAAUUGAGAAAAGAGAGAUGCAGUGUCGGGUUCCUCACCACGGUUCAGCUGCGAUUCCCUGCUCCUCUUCUGAUAAAAUUUCAUGGUCGUCUUCUUCCCUCUCUGUUUUCACCAAUGGAGGAAAAAGUAGGAAAUGUACUGCAAGACAGUUCUACAAGUGCAUUAAACUAAGGAAUGUGCUUGCUAAAGUGAAAAGUCUUCCAUCCCCAACUCCCGAAACGUUGGUGAAGGAACGCCAUAAGUACUUUGACGAGGUUCUUAUUACUGUCCGCGCUGGAGAUGGAGGUCAUGGUGCUGUUCUUAGCCUGCCGUCCCAAGGGAAAUCUACAAAGGAGAAAGUAAAGAAGAAGAGUUCUUAUAAAAGGGACUUUGAUGGUUCUCUGAUACUCCCUGUGGGUGGACAUGGUGGUGAUGUCAUACUUUAUGCAGAUGAAAGCGAGGACACCUUGUUGGAAUUCCACAAGAAGGCUCGAUAUGCUGCAAAGCGUGGUGGAAAUGUUGAUGCUAUGGGUGUUUUGUCUUCUCAAUUGUGUAGUGGACUUGAUGCUCCGGCAUUGCGUAUUCCUGUGCCUCUCGGUACUGUUGUUAAACAGAAAAGAGGGAAGCUUCUUGCCGAUUUAGCUCAACCUGGUGACGAAGUUACUGUUGCAAGAGGUGGACGUGGAGGGAUUAGCUUGUUGGAAAUGCCUGAGCACAAGAGGAAAAAAAUGAUGUCUUUAACAACCAAUGUAAUGAAGGAUGAAAGUGACAAGGUUUUAAUUCUUGGUCAGCCUGGAGAAGAGGUCAGACUUCAAUUGAUUCUGAGAGUUGUUGCGGACGUUGGUCUUGUUGGGCUCCCAAAUGCUGGAAAAUCUACCCUUUUGGCAGCCAUAACCCUUGCGAAACCUGAUAUAGCUGACUAUCCGUUUACAACCUUGAUGCCUAAUCUUGGACGUUUAGAUGGUGAUCCCAGCUUAGGGCCGGGGCAGUUUGCAUCCGAGGUGACCCUAGCAGAUUUGCCUGGCCUCAUUGAAGGUGCUCAUCUUGGAAAGGGUCUUGGUCGCAACUUUUUAAGGCAUUUGAGGAGGACAAGGUUGUUGGUGCAUGUUGUCGAUGCAGCUGCAGAGGAUCCAGUGCGCGACUACAGGACUGUAAAAGAGGAACUGCGAAUGUAUAACCCUGAUUACCUUGAGCGGCCAUAUAUUGUUGUUCUGAAUAAGAUCGACAUACCUCAGGCAAUGGAAAGACUUGCAAGUUUAACGGCAGAUAUAUGGAGAAUCGGUCUUGAUAAGACAUCAGAAUUUCGGAUUAGUACCCACCCUGAAAUUGCUUCUUCUUCUUCGGAAAGUGUUGUUGAUGAUGAAGCUGAUAGUCGUGAUGAUGAGAGAAAGGUGAAGGACAUUGAAGAAUAUCCACGGCCCCUUGCCGUUGUUGGCGUCAGUGUACUAAAAGGUUUAAGGGUCGAUGAAAUGCUAGAAGAAAUCAGAGCAGCCUUACGUACUCUUCGAGAUGACGCUGGAUUACGGUGAAGUAUUACGAAACUAUGAUGUCAUCGUGGAUCGGCAUUCGCCUUUGAUGCAGUCUUCUAAGACCAUUUCUCAUUUGUGCAACUUUGAAGGCUUAAAAAUUUCAACUAUAUUCAGAAAGUUGUGUUUGUUAUUUUAUUUUGAUGAUAUAAUACAAGUUUCAUCUUUGACAAUUUGUUUGGUUUUUCAUAAACUACACAUUCCACUAAGGUUGCGACUGCGACCAUGUGAUUAUGAGUUCAAAUUUAUGAUAUUUUGAUGCUUC